GGUCUCCUGUUUGCAACCCUGGGCUGCACAUGUCUCGACGUGCCGCGGGAUCAUCAUCGUAUUGUGAAAACAGUUUCAGUAUUUUUCUUUCUAAUUGUAGUCGAAACCGCCUGUUUACGCUGGGUCUAACAUGAGAGUCAAGUUCGAAUGUAGGAUUGCAUGUAAAGAAAUUGUCGGCUGGCAUGAGGAACACUACAGCCUGGAAAUAUUUACGGGCUCUCUGGUUGAAGGGGUUGAAGCAAGUGCAUCGUCUUGAUGGAUACAACGCAGGAUGGCGGCGAAGUUGCUUCGUUAUUGCCAUUCUAUAGCGAAAUGCUACGAUGGUGUAACCCAAGAGAAUCUGAAGCGUUCCCCACUUUCCAACCUCACUUAUCUUCGCUAUCGACACUUCAUGACGCAAAUUAAAAGAAUUCAUCCUCGUCCAGGACGUAGGGAAAUACUUAGAUUCUACGUGACCUCGUUGGGGAGUGGAGACGACAUUCCUGUAGUCACUGUAUCCAAAAUCAAGAGAGUUCUCAAGGAAAAGCUCAUUGGGUUCGAAGAAGGCUACACCUGCUUGAAAGUCACAUGCCCAGUCUGCCAGUUGAAGGACCAUGGUUCUAAGGUGCCAAGUGCUUCUGUGCCAAAGCCUGAAGCUGCUUUCAUAAAUGUUGUAACAGGCCUUUUUACGUGUUACAGUUGCCAAGUGGUUGCGUCAUGGCAGGAACUUCAGGAUUUCCUCUCUGUUGAGAGCGGUUCUGAAGGGGCGAAGUUAGACCCCAGGCAAAUCCUGUCUCCAGCAUCUCGCAUCUUUCCAACUACAGAGGAAUUGGUGCAGGUGGAGGCUGAGUACAGCAGUUCUCUACCUCUUGCAGAUCUGGAACAACUGGAGCUGAGUCACUUGCUCAAAAGGUUUCACUUGCAGAAAAUUCAACCACUGACACUGAAGCUUUUGGAUGUCCGGUUAGCACCUGACAGUUCGCACAUCUUGUUUCCUAUUUACGGACCCACACGCACGAUGGUGGCCUUGAAACGCAUCUCAGAUGCCGGGGGUAUGCUGGAAGAGACCAUCACUCCGAGAGCAGGCCUUGUAGGAGUAUUUGGAUGGCAGAAAGUCAGGAAAAACCACCAGGAGGUGAUCCUUACCACCUCAGAGGCGGACGCAGUUGCGGUCUUCCAGGAGGCCAACAUGCCCGUAGUCUCCCUCUUAACAGGGACGUCUAGUCUACCACUGGAGGCUCUCCCAUUGUUCGAGCAGUUCAGGAAAAUCACGAUCUGGUUCGGGAACAAAGUUCAAGACUGGGAAUCGGCCAAGACAUUCUCUAGAAAGCUCGGGGAAAAACGCUGUUUCUACAUCAGGCCCAGUGAGGGUUAUCCAUUGUCAGCUCUACAGUCAGGACAUGCAUCCAUGGUUUCAAUCUUGAGGACUAGUCAGCCUGUGGCUCACAAGGCCAUCACCACUUUUCAUAGUCUCAGAGCCAGAGUGGCUGACAUCCUUCACAACGCAGAUGUAGCUGCUGGGGUCAAAUGGCAGAGGUUCCCUGCAUUGACGCGACUGCUAAAGGGCUUUCGUCGUGGGGAGUUGACAGUGUUCACUGGCCCAACAGGCUCGGGAAAGACAACGCUCAUGUGCGAGUACUCCCUGGACCUCUGCAUGCAAGGGGUUCAUACGUUGUGGGGCAGCUUCGAGAUACAGAAUGAACGCUUGGCAAAGAUCAUGCUUACGCAGUUUUCAUUGAUAUCAUUGGAGAAACACCUAGGUGAAUUUGAUGCCUGGGCUGACAAGUUUGAGCUCCUGCCGCUCUAUUUCAUGACUUUCCACGGCGAACAAUCCAUACGGAAUGUCUUGGAUGCAAUGUCGCACGCUGUGUAUGUCCACGACAUUCAACACGUGAUAGUGGACAACAUUCAGUUUAUGAUGGGAGUCAACGAGGAAUCCGCGCGCAUGGACCGCUUCUGGAAGCAGGAUCUUCUGGUGGCCGCCUUCCGCAAGUUUGCGACGCAGCACAAUUGUCACGUGACCCUGGUCAUGCAUCCACGCAAGGAGAGAGACCAGGAGGAGCUGAGCACGAGCUCUAUUUUUGGAGGGGCCAAAGCGAGCCAGGAAGCUGACAAUGUGCUCAUCCUGCAGGAUAAAAGGCUCAGUUCUGUGAGGGGCAGGAAACACCUCCAGGUCUCGAAGAACAGGUACGAUGGUGAUAUUGGUAUGAUGCCCUUGGAGUUCAACAAAGAAAACCUCACCUUCUCUGGGAGGAAGCAUACUUCUCGUAAAACAGUCGAGCCACAGAGUGGGACAGCACCAUCAUGACAGGGCUGCAUCACGGAAUGUACAUGGCCUUAUGUAGCACGAUUUUGUACAUGGGAGUAUUUAGAGCGAGUCAUGAAUUUCAGGAACAUCUACUUUGGUAUACUUUAUAAAGUGGCUAUGAAAUCAAA